GGGACAGACGCGGCCGAAGAUCUCCUGGGUGAGUCAGGCUCUUCAGAAAUACCUUCCUAAAAAAAGUGCGAGGAUGAGAGUGAGCAGAAGGUCGCCGCAAGGCACGCACCUGUAAUAACCGCAGCAGGAAGAACCUAAGUGGACAAGUCAAGACACAACCUUCCGGAUGGCGGAGUUUACCCAACAAAAAAGCUGAAGUACAGUCCCAUUAUAUUUUUUAUCAGAGCAAUCUGCCCGUUGUUCUUCUCCUUGGCUCACAGUAGCCCUCUAUUUGGAGGGCUCCCAGGGAGCUAGCUCCUGACUGGCCCAUGGACUGCCUCCUUACCGCUGGCUCAACUGAAAAGUGAACUAGCACUGACAAAGCUGUUGACCUGUUGGUAGCAAAGCUGCAACCCUAAUGCCCAUUCUCGAACUGCUACAAAGAUCAACUGCUUGACUUCAGAAGUGCAUUGACACCAUGUCCAAUCCUUCUUAUAACCCCUAUGCCCCUGGGAACCCAAAUUCCACCCAGGGGCAAAGAGAACAUAAUAUGCAGACCAUUCCAGAGUUAGGUGAUUAUGACCUUAGAGCCUCAGACAAACCUGCAGCCACCUCGGAACAUAGGAAACCCAAGUUCACCCCUGAAACUGCUGCUAAAAUCCUUCUGCACUUUGGACUUGAGAAAGAAGAUUUGGAAUUUCUUAUCUCCUAUCCUGAAGACCAGAUGACCCCUGCUAACCUGCCACUCAUCUUGCACCAAAUACACCUACAAAAAGACAGAGACAAUAGUGGUGGGAGUGGAUAUGUGUCUACGAUGGAUACGACUGAUAACAGAAACGGUCAAGAACCAUUUCAAAAGAAAGAUACAGAGCAGGAGAGUUCCUUUACUAGUCUUGGCUCUUCAUGCAGUUCAGCUCUAAGUUCGGCAUCUCCAAGCAGUGAUAAGACGACACAAUCACAGAUGCUACCCAAGCAGACUUUCCAAGAUACCCUCAGCUCCUUCCCUCUGCAAAAGGUAGACACAGACAUGAGGUUUUACAAGUCAGAGGCCCCCAAACCAGUUCCUUUGAACCCACAGGAAGUAGAUUGCCAGUCAAUACUGAAAACCCAACUACCUUCCACUCUGUCCCACGGCAUACAUCCCAGUCGACCUGGCCUUGUGCUCAUUGGUAGCAAUGAUUGGACUUUCCAAGAUACCCUCAGCUCUUCUCUGCCAAAGAAAGACACAGACAUGAGGUUUUACAAGUCAGAGGCCCCGAAACCAGUUCCUUUGAAUCCACAGGAAGUAGAUUGCCAGUCAAUACUGAAAACCCAACUACCUUCCACUCUGUCCCAUGGCAUACAUCCCAGUCGACCUGGCCUUGUGCUCAUUGGUAGCAAUGAUCAGGCUUUCCAAGAUACCUUCAGCUCCUUCCCUCUGCCAAAGAAAGACACAGACAUUAAGGUUUACAAGUCUGAGGCCCCCAAACCUGUUCCAUUGAAUCAACAGGAAGUAGAUUGCCAGUCAACACUGAAAACCCAACUACCUUCCACUCUGUCCCAUGGCAUACAUCCCAGUCGACCUGGCCUUGUGCUCAUUGGUAGCAAUGAUCGGACUUUCCAAGAUACGCUCAGCUCCUUCCCUCUGCCAAAGAAAGACACAGACAUUAAGGUUUACAAGUCUGAGGCCCCCAAACCUGUUCCACUGAAUCAACAGGAAGUAGAUUGCCCGUCAACACUGAAAACCCAACUACCUUCCACUCUGUCUCAUGGCUUACAUCCCAGCCAACCUGGUCUUGUUCUGAGUGGUAGCAAUGAUGCCAGUGACCCAAAGGAGGUGAAAGACGAGGUUGCUGUCUCCAAGGACCAGCCAUCACCAGAGAUGUUGUAUGACUAUGCUUUGGCCAUACCAAAAAUCUUUCCUCAUACCUGUUCUCUAUGUAACAAAGACUGUACUGACUUGAACGUGAGUAGAAAAGUCGUCCUGUUCGCUCUUCUUUUUGGAAAUAUUUGAUUGUUUAAUAUGCCAAAUUUUGUUCUGUCAAUUAUCAUAUGUCAUUCUGUGAGGAAUUCUGGAAGUAAGAUUAGGCGAUUACAUAGCAAUAACUUUGUGACCUGACUGAAGUGACAGUCAUGACAGACUACACAGUGAUUCCCAACAAAUCAGAACGACAAUCAGAAGAGAUUAUUUUAUAUUUCGGCAUGAUACAACCAGCUUCCCAGUUUCCAUGUCUUACCACAGCUACUCUAGAUGUCUCAGCUUGUGUGUGUAUAUUCUCUCCUGGUCUGUACUCGAGUGAAUUUCUGCAGAGAUGGCCUUCAGGGAACUUUGGGAAACUUGGAUACUAGCUCGGACCCAAGGACAAGAUCUUGCAAGAUCAGGAACCAAAAAAGAAGAUUUUUGUUGUAGUGAUUGUUUGUCAAAUGCACUGCUGUAUUUAUUACCUAUGAGUUUGAAGAGUUUACAAAGUUACUAAAUAUUCAGGGUCCUUAUAGUUUUGAUGACGCUUAUCACAUUUAUUUUGUCACAACUCUUGGGCCUUUGCCUAAGCCAUGAAUUCAA